CUCUUACCUUCGACUACCAUGAAGUUGGUUGCCGCUCUCGCUGCUGCAUCUGCCGCUGCUACCAAGCAGUCUGUGAUGACGCUGUCGUUUGACGAGCGCACGCAACUCCGCGAGGAGCUGGCUACGUGGCGCCAGGAGUUCGGUGCCAAGGCCCAAAGUCUCAUGCCUCACUCUGCCGAAACGGACGCGCUUCAGCGUUUCUACAACAACAAGCUCGCGAUCGAGGAGGCCAGCCGCAGCAACCCUGAUGCCACGUUCGACUACAACCACCCGUACGCCCUCAUGACGCCAGACGAGUUCAAAGAGCACGUGCUCGGCUUGUCCUUUCAGGAUGGUCUCGACGCCGUCCUCACCCUUCCUUCCGUCGAACUGAAUGUCAGCAGCGUCAAGGCGGCUGCGUGA